CAUCAAUUGCCAGCCACGAUCCUCUGUGUGCCCGACUGCCCGAAGUAGCCAACCAAUUUCUUUCCCGGGAAGAAUCUCUCGUAAUCUGCUGAAUUGUUACGAUCGCUUGCUGAACGAAUCGGUCACAGUGAUGCUGCUCAUUGUGCGAUCGUAACUGGACCAAGCAGGACGUCCAGAUAGAAAGCUGCCAAGGGUACAAGUGUGUUCUAGUGCAGUGGAAUUUCGCAUUGUUUGUUCAUUUUCUAUCACAAACGGUUAAUCGGAGCGUCUUUCUGUGUGAACGUUUGUUUAGGCAAAAUAUUGUAAGAGCUUAAAAGAUAAGAAGAGAUCCUAAAGGUAGCAAACUUUGCUGGAGAUCAGUGAAGCAACGUGUGGCAAAAAUGCGGCAACGCAUUUGGAACCGACCGAAGAUAAUGCUGCUGGCACUGAUAGUGCUGCUCGGCGGAUGCUGCAAUGUGGUUCUUGGUAUUUACGAUCCUAGAACAGCGCCAAACAGCCGACACCAUGUUCACAUGAUGCCGGAAAUGCACGGUGCCUACAGCCAAGUCCAUCACCACCGAGCACAAGAGAUAUCCCCUUCGGAAUACGUUCAAACGGAUCACUACCAGUACGAGCAACCUCAACCUCAACACCCGUCUCUGAUAGGUCCUCAGCAUCACAGCUCGGGUCCAUCCGGACCGCAGUACCAGCCAGGCGUUCCACUCGCACCGUACCCAACUGACGCUCAGCGAUCUCCUGCCUACGGACGUGCACAACCUUACACACAGCAACUGGUUCCAAUGACGCCACGCUUUUCAUACGGCGAGGAAGAUCGAUUGAUCGCAGAAACAGCUCCGGCAAAGAUUGUACGUCAACCGGUAUACGCAUUGUUGAAGGACUUCAAUGGCCUUGAAUGCCCCGAAGGUAAAACAGGCCAUUUCCCGUACGUGAUGGAUUGCCGUCAGUUUUUAAGCUGCUGGAAGGGACGGGGUUUCAUCUUGAACUGUGCACCUGGUACGCUCUUCAAUCCGGACACUCGCGAGUGUGAUCAUCCAUCCAAGGUGUCCUGUUUACCAGUGCCUUCGUUAAAUAGUGUCAGUGAACCGGCUCAACGGGCUCCACCCAAAGCGGCAGCUUAUACCGACCAGAGGCAACAACAACCACAGCAACCGUAUCAACAUCAGUCACAACCCCAACGGCAACAGGAAGAACUUAGUUGUCCACCGGGUGUAAUUGGGCUUCGUCCGCAUCCAUCUGAUUGCCGGAAGUUCCUGAACUGUAACAAUGGGGCUCGGUUCGUGCAGGACUGUGGUCCAGGUACGGCGUUCAAUCCACGCAUCCUAACCUGUGACCAUCUACACAACGUGGACUGUGACAAAUCGGAGAAUGUAAUCGUGGAUUACGAUCGUCCAACGGUGCCAGUUGCUUCAAAUCCAUCUUACUAUCCUCCAUCACACAUUCCCGCUGCGUCAAAGCCAGAUCCUGCAAUUGUCAGUCCACAGGUACGUCCUACCAUUUCCACACACCAACAGGCUCCAACGGGACAACAGUCGCCCACUGGCCAGAAACCGUUUCAUCCCGACGUGGAGCAAAUCAAUGCGGGUCCGACUGAAACCAACGUUGAUGAAUAUGACGACGCAACCGAUCCAGAUGCCGUGUAUGACGGAUUUGAUCUGCGGUCCAACUUUGGAGCACCAGAGAUAGAUCGCCGACAGCCGAAAGCAUCACACCAUCAGGGAGAACCCGAAAAACCUUACCCGAUCUACGUACGACCACCGACCAAGCAACCGCAAUCACUUCACCGGGAUGCGGAAGUGGUGCAAAGUGUACAGCGACCCAUUUACGUUGCAUCUCCAGCAGGGCAAACAACUACCCAUGUGCCAACGACUACGGCCCGUCCGGCCGGAAUGCCUUAUCCGACGGUUCGUAAGGAAGAUAUCGAUGUCCAACAGCAUCUUGAUGCGUUGAAGCUAAUGCUGACACCGUACAUGAAGGAACACAAACAGACUGUCGCGCUAAAUGCGACAAAGCUCAGCACCAUGAUGACCACAACAACGACGACGACUGAGCCACCGCCGGUGGUGCAGGUUAUUGGACUACCACCAGAGUCGCGUAACGUGAACGAUCGGCCUUCAUCCGCUGCACCUUACGUUUUACCAACAGCGAGUGAGGUGAAUGACUUUUUCUACAGUGAAUCUCAACCAGUCCCAUUGGCACCCUGGCCAUUGCCACCGCCGUACAUAACUGAACCGGCGGAAGGAACAUUUAACCGGCAGCAUGCAUCACCGCCAGAGUCCGUUGUCUAUCCCAUCUAUCGUAGACCAACAACUACAAGCACGACGACGACGACGACGACCACGGCGAAACCUGCACCAGCCUUACAAAGCCGAUUCGGUGACAAUCGUCCCAAUCCAUGGCGUCCCAUGAAUGUGCCGCACGCUACGACAACGAAAACGACUGCACCACCGAUUACUACCACCACCACCAUCACCACCACUACGGCAGAUCCGUGCUACGGUAAGUUCGUCUGCGGCAAUGGGGUUUGCAUCGAUGAGGCGGAAGUCUGCGAUGGACGCGAUGGGUGUGGGAAUCGUGCCGAUGAGCUGGUGUGCGAUCACAUCGGGUACGAGCUGAAGCUGUCCAAGAAGGCACAAGGAAGCGUUGAGGUGCGCGUGUACGAUCGUUGGGGCUAUGUGUGCGAUGAUGGAUUCACGCUCGAAGCGGCCAAUGUUGUUUGCCGCGAGCUAGGAUUCGCCGGUGGUGCGAUUGAGAUAAAACCGCACUCUUACUUCCCACCGAACGCCACCGAUCCGGAUGAGCUGGAACAGGGACCGUUUUUCAUGAUGGAUGCCGUCCGCUGCCAGGGCAACGAAAGUUCACUGCGUGAUUGCGCGUUCAACGGGUGGGGCGUAAGCGAUUGUAACCGCGAGGAGGUGGUUGGUGUCGUGUGUCGAACGCCGGUCAUGUCCUGCCCGCAGGACUACUGGCUGUGUCAUGCAUCAGAGGAGUGCAUUCCGGUGCAGUUCCUGUGCGACAAUGUGCGUGACUGUGCGGAUGGGUCGGAUGAAUCGCCGGAUCACUGCAAGGCACCGCUCGCCGUCCGUUUGAUGGGUGGUCCGUCCGAUCGUGAGGGUCGUGUCGAGAUCAACUAUCACGGUACCUGGGGCACGGUGUGUGAUGACGAUUUUGGUGUGCGAGAGGCACGUGUCAUCUGCCGGCAGCUCGGAUUCAACGGUACGGCCGAGGUACGCAAGAGCGUUUAUCCACCGGGCUCGGGACAAAUCUGGCUCGAUCAGGUAGCGUGCAAUGGUUCGGAGCCCUCGAUCGAGGACUGUGUGCACUGGCACUGGGGUGAACAUAACUGUGGCCACACGGAGGACGUUGGUGUGCGGUGUGGUGUGUAUGUGCCGACGAAACCACGCGCCGCACGGUUAAGAGCUACACGCCCAAAUCCACGGUUCGAUUUUGUGGAACGAUCGCGCAAGAUCCAUCCGGACACGUGUGGCCGUGUGCUGGUGGAUCCGACACUACGCAAACCAACGUACGGUGCGCGCGUAGUGCACGGUUCGGAAACGGUUUACGGACAUCAUCCGUGGCAGGCGUCGUUGCGCGUGAAGACGCUACAUUGGUGUGGUGCAGUGCUGAUUACGCGCUACCACGUCCUGACGGCGGCUCACUGUCUGAUCGGCUACCCGAAGAGUACGUAUCGGGUGAGGAUCGGAGACUACCAUACGGCGGCAUUCGAUCAAGCGGAACUAGACAUCUUCAUCGAGAACACCUACAUCCACGAACAGUUCCGCGAGGGUCAUCAUAUGAGCAAUGACAUCGCGGUGGUCGUACUGAAGACACCGGUCCGGUUUAACAAUUACGUGCAACCGAUCUGUCUUCCGGCACGGGAUGCAGUGUAUGAGCCGGGCCAAAACUGUACUAUUUCCGGUUGGGGUGCAACUGAAGCGGGAUCGAAAGAUUCAUCAUACGAUCUCCGAGCAGGUACGGUUCCCCUGCUUCCGGACAGCGUAUGCAGAAGGCCAGAAGUUUACGGAGACUCCUUGAUUGACGGCAUGUUCUGUGCUGGUACGCUCGAACCCGGUGUCGAUUCGUGCGAUGGUGAUUCCGGUGGUCCACUGGUGUGUCCGAUUGGCGAUGGCCUACACACAUUAACCGGUAUUGUGUCGUGGGGAAAACACUGCGGUUAUGCGAAUAAACCAGGCGUCUACUUGAAGGUUGCACACUAUCGGGACUGGAUCGAGCAAAAGCUUAAUCAAUCACUCCACCAGUACGGUGUUUAAGCGCCUUUUAUACAAUCGGAAGAAGAUGAAAACGAAAAAAAAAUUUGAGUUUAAAAAUGAUAGCAGCAUAUGACCUUUUAACAACACGGCAGACCUGUCCGUUAUGAUGUACCUUAAACCUUUUGAUUGCAUUUUCAACAAACACCUGCUCUUACUAGCUUAGUGAUAUUGAGUAACUUGUUGUUUAAUAAUAGGAUACCUAGUGUAGUGCACUACUGUACAAACGCUUUGUAUGUACAACAACAGUGUAGACAAAA